AUGCCGUCCGCGACGUCGAGCUCGGCACACCUGCCGACCAGCAGCUCGGGCAUCGGCACGAGCACGCGUGCGAGCGCUGCCAGCGCUUCUGCCGAGGCCAGCUCGUCGCGCGUCACGCUUGAUGAGCUGCGGCGCCGGCGGGUGCACGAGCGGGAGGAGGAGACCCGGGCCCUGACAAGCUCGCAUGCGCUGGACUUGCACGAGCUGCACUUUCUCCUGACGCGUCGGACGCAGCUCGAGGAGAUCGGCUCGCCGGCACAUCCGCCGGUGUCUGCCGAGCUGCCCGAGCCAGAUGCGACAGCAACUGCGUUUCUGAAGGAGUGGCAGCUUCGCAAGGGCGGCAAGAGCAUCAUGGAGCUCGACGUGCCACCCAUGCCGGCCGUGCCUCCACUACCAACGGCCUCGGCAGUCGAGAAGCCGCGACUCGCUCGCACACGCACAGACAACUCAGCGCAGCCGCCAUCUGCUCCUGGGACGGCGCCGUCCACGCCGCGCCCGCUCAGUCCGGCCAAGGCCAGCGCCACGAGCCCGAAGAAGCCGGCAGUCAGCCCGGCGAAGGCCGCAGCUGCGAGCGCAGCCGCGGGCCCCAGCUCGCUCAGUGGUGAGGCGGCCAGUGCCGCAGGUGCAAGCGCUUUGAUGCCGCCACCUCCUGCGAAAGUCAGCAAAGCGCCUGUAGCGGCUGCUACUCCGGCGUCCUCUCCGCUGAAGCCGGCAGCUGGUUCUGCUGCGUCAGCAGCCGAUGCUGCCGCCCCUUCUGCCGCUGCGUCUCCAGAGAAGCGAUCGCUUUCCGCGGCCGAUGCUGCUGCCGAGCAGCGCGCAAGCAAGCAGCCAAAGACGACUGAAGCUCCGAAGACCCCGGCAAGCGUCGCACCGGCGCCGGUGGCCUCGGCGACGCAAUCGCAGUCUCAGACGCAGACUCAGGACGAGAGCCAGGGAACGGCAGCAGACACGCAGGCGACGGCCGUCACCGUCCCGUCCGCUGGCUCGCAGUCGCAGAGCCAGCCGCUCAAGUCGCCGAAGAAGGAGCCGGAGGAGGAGGUCCGCGCGCCAUCGGUGUCCGCCUCUUCCCCUGCUCCCGCGCGCGCAGCUCCAGCAUCGUCUCCCACUCUCGACCGGAAGCCCGAUUCGAGCGCUCCGUCGUCUGAUGCUGCUCUGCCGCCGCUGCACCCGACACUGCAGCAGCUUGCGCCGAACCCGCUCGCUGUCACCUACGCGUCCUCGCUGCGCCCGCUGCCGCCAGACCCGUUCCGUCGCUUCACUGGCGUCGGCGUGGCGGGCGGCGCCAUCCAUCAUCGCGGCCCGCGACGAGCGCAGCAGGCGCAGCCGCCGCGCUUUGGCGUGCCGCCUCCUGCUGGGCCGGCCGGAGCAGGGCCAGCAGACCUGAAGCGCUGGGCAGUCAGGGCAACGGCGAGCCCGACAGCUGGCCUCGUCGGCAAGGCCGACAAGUGUCUCAGCACGACAGACUGGAAGGCUGCCUUUGCAGAGAAGCGCUUCGUGCGCGCGAUGGAGCGCAUCGACAAGCUCAAGGAGAAGGGCGAGUGGAGCUUCCGCCAGCCGAAGAAGCAGAAGGGACCCGUCGUCAAGAAGGCGCAGUGGGACCACCUGCUCGAGGAGAUGCGCUGGAUGCAGACGGACUUCCGCGAAGAGCGGCGCUGGAAGCUGUCGGUUGCGCACGCCCUCGUUCACGCCGUCAAGGACUUUUGGCGCGCCUCGCCCGCUGCUCGGCGCGCAAUGUGCGUGCGUCGGCGGCUCCCGCCGUCUGCUCUGCCCGAUGCGCACACUUCUGCGGCCAACGGCGUCAAGCUCGAGCAGGGCGUCGACGUCGAGAUGCAGGAUGCAGUCUCUGCAGCGCCAAAUGGAGACGCGUCAUCGCAGGCGGACGUCGCUCUGGACGCGGACGCAGAUGCUGAGGCAGAUGCCGACGCUGAUGCGGACGCCGAUGCUGAUGCUGAUGCGGACGCAGACGCAGACGCAGAGGGCGAAGAAUACGACGCUGAUGCAGAUGCAGAGGCGGACGAUGUGGACCGCUCGCUGGCGCUGGACGACAGCCGGGCCGCGCCUCUACCCCCGAUCCAGGUCGUCAAGGAGCCGCUGCCUCCGCCCGGGCCCAUGCCUGUGCUGGCCGCGCCGCCGCCGGCCGCAGCGGCCGACAUCUCGGUGCUAGUCGAUGGCGAAGCUGUCGCGAGCGGAGUGCGGCCGGAAGCGCCGGGCCGUGACGACACGCUCCUGCCGCAGGCGCUCGCCGCCACGCUGCGCCUGCCGGUCUUCAACGCCAGCACGUCUGCAACGGUCGUCUCCGCGUCGGUGCUGCUGGACGCCGCCGCUGAGAGCCUGGCCAAGCAGGGCGUCGAAGUGCCGGAAGGCAUCGACCUCGACGAGAUCUCGUUCCACACGCUCUUCCCCGAGUUGCCGCUGUACGACGCGCCGACUGAGCCGGAGGCGAGCGGCAAGAGCGAGCGCCGCUGGGACGACGGCAGUCUCAACGCGGCGCCGCGGCUGACGCAUGUUAGCCGCCUGCUUGACUCGAAGCCGCUGCUCGUCUCCACGCUGCAGCCAGCAAAGAACCGCGCCAUGGGCCAGUGGCGCGAGGACAGCGACUGGCACAUCGCCGCCGAGCUGGCCGACCCGUCGAAGGGCGUCAGUGCCGACCAGCUCGACGCGCCGCUGCAGCCCGGCUCGCUGCUCUUCACGCGCAAGAGCAACAAACCGUCGCGCGAGGCGCCGCACGUCUCGACUGUGCCUGCUGCUCCGGCAAAUCCCGACGUGCGCGCUGCGCAGUUCCUCUGGGGCAGCGAGGAGGACGAGUACCUGGGCGCCCUCGUGCGCCAAUACGGUACGCACUGGGCGCUGAUCUCUGAUCUGUUCAACUCGACGCGCCUCACCGUCCCGACGGAUCGCCGCGAAGCCUGGGACUGCUACGACCGCUGGCAGCGCAUCCAGAAGGCUGCCGAGGAUGGCAAGCCUCCACCGGGCCCGCCAACGCUGCCGUCCGUGGCCGAGGCUGCGCAAGCAGCCGCUGCUGCUGCGGGCGCUGCGGCAGGCACUGGCGAUGGAGCAGCUGCCGCGUCCUCCGCCGCUCUGGCUGCCGCCUCCAGCUCGCUUGCGGCGAAGCGUGAGCGCCUGACAAAGAAGCUCGGGCAGAAAUACGACGGCUCGCGCAAGAAGAUGCGGCACGUCAACAUCGUCGAGGUGAUGCGCAAGUGCAGCAAGCGUCGCGACGCCCAAGCCAAGCCGACGGCCGCGCAGGCCGCGCGCAAGGUCAACCUGCAGUCGCACGAGACGCACUCGCAGAUCAAGCCUGGCCCGGCGCUGACGCCACAGCAGCUCAGCACGCUCAAGGCCGAGCGCGACGAGACGAGCUUCCGGCAGUACUAUGCCUUCCAGCAACAGCGCGAGCAACAGCGUCUCGAGGCGCAGCGCAACGCCGCGCAGCAGCAGGCUGCUCUGCAGGCACAGCAGAACCAGCAGCAACAGCAGCAGCAAGCGCAGCAGCAGCAACAGGCGCAGCAGCAGCAAGCCCAGCAGGCUCAGCAACAGCAGCAGCAGCAGCAAGCGCAGGCUCAGGCCCAAGCGCAGGCACAGGCACAGGCGCGUGCUCGAGCUGCUGGCCAGCCCCAAGGCCAGAUGGGCGCACAGGGCGCUCAGCAAGCAGCGCGCGGUCCGAUACCCUCGCAGCUCCAGCAGCCCGCUCGUCCGCAGUCGCCAAUGCCUCGUGCUCAACAGCCUGGCCAGCCGCAACAGCAGCAGCAGGCGCCGCAGCCGCAGCAGCAGCAGCAGAACAUGGCCACCGGCUCGCCGAGCAUCGCUGCAGCGCGGACAAAUACGAGCCAGGCGCCGAUGCAGCAAGGCCAGAUGUACCGAGCGCCAAAUGCCGCUGGGCAGUUCCCGCAGGGCCAAGCAGGCGCUCAAGCUGCUCGUCAGCAAGCCGCCGGCUCGCGGCCCGGGACCGCUACGGCUCCGGCGCAGGGCAUGGUCGUUCCGCCCGGCACCACGCCGCAGCAGAACCAGGCGCUGCUCGCCUUGCAGGCCAGCUUGACACAGAGCCUGGCGAGCACCAACUCGAACAUCACCCAGGAGCAGAUCAACUCGCUCGCCGCGCAGCUCUGGCGCAACCAGGCCGCAGCAGCCGCCGUGCAGGCUGCCGUUCCGGCUGGCUCUCAGCCGCAGAUGCAGCAGCAACAGCAGCAGCCGCUCCAGCAGCAGCAGCGUCGUCCGGCGCCGCAGCAACAGGCACAGGGACAACAGCGCCCACAGGCUCGUCCGCAGGUGCCCGGCCAGCCGCAGCAGGCGCAGCAGCAACAGCAGGCGCAGGCGCAACAGGCAGCUCGACCUGCAGGCGCCCAGCCGUUGCAAGCGGCACCUGGCGCAGGUCAGAAUACGGCCGCGCCAGGCGGGCAGCAGGCCAGGCGAUGA